CCUGUGUCUGUACCUGCCUGUUCGUCUGUGUCUCAACCUACAGCUGUCUGAAGCAGACUUUACUUGUCUCUACUUUAUUUACUAUGCUAGUAAUUUGUCUGGAUAAUACAUCUUUGUGAAACAUUUACCCUCUGAAGUGGAGUAGUUCUUUGUUUUGUGGAUAAAUUAAUUUGUUCUGACAUGGCUGACUACAGUUCUCAACAGCCAGCCUCCUCUAAGAUGGACUCAGUGCAGGGCCAAGUCAAUGAAGUUAAAGUUAUACUCAAAGACAACAUCAACAAAGUACUGGAGAGGGGAGAGAGGUUAGAUGACUUGGUUGACAAGACACAUGACCUACAAGCAACCGCAGACUCCUUUCAGAGGACAUCUACACGGGUAGCCCGGAAGUACUGGUGGAAGAACGCCAAGAUGAUGAUCAUCAUUGGAGUGAUAGUUCUGAUCAUCCUCAUCCUCAUCAUCCUGUUUGCUACAGGUGUCAUCCCCAGUUAAAUUGCCUCACAGACUCCUACAGUACUACAUUCUCGCUAAAAGGAAUAGGAUGAACCACGAUCACCAACAGUCAUGUUUUGAAUUUGAUGAAACUGUGGUUUCAUUCUGGUCUUCUCCCCAAGGCUCAAGGUGGAUUGUGUAUAGUAAUGUGACGAAAUAUAACAUUUCACAUUAUGACUUCUGUAAAUAAGCGUCCUGGAAUGUGUUUGAUUGUUUUUAGAUUAUAUCUGUUCAUUUGAUGUUUAAUAAAUUACAUUUCAUAAUUUUUGUAGAUACA